GUGGAGAGCUGGUCCUCGCGGGCGCCUAAGGGAGCUUGGAAUUUGGAGGAGAGUGAGAAGCCCGAGGCCCGGAUCUUGAUCACCCGCGAGAGCCCGCUGCUGGCAUAUGUUAGCACUCCCCCACCUCAUGGGCCCGUGGAACUUUCCCGCAAUCCUUAUAUGAAGUGAGGCUGCCAGCCAGGUUUGGAAUCGAAGCCUCUUAAAAUGGCAGAUGAUUUGGACUUCGAGACAGGAGAUGCAGGGGCCUCAGCCACCUUCCCGAUGCAGUGCUCAGCAUUACGUAAGAAUGGCUUUGUGGUGCUCAAAGGCCGGCCAUGUAAGAUCGUGGAGAUGUCUACCUCCAAGACUGGCAAGCACGGCCACGCCAAGGUCCACCUGGUUGGUAUUGACAUCUUUACUGGGAAGAAAUAUGAAGAUAUCUGCCCGUCAACUCAUAAUAUGGAUGUCCCCAACAUCAAAAGGAAUGAUUUCCAGCUGAUUGGCAUCCAGGAUGGGUAUCUAUCACUGCUCCAGGACAGUGGGGAGGUGCGAGAGGACCUUCGUCUACCUGAGGGAGACCUUGGCAAGGAGAUUGAGCAGAAGUACGACUGCGGAGAAGAGAUCCUGAUCACGGUGCUGUCUGCCAUGACAGAGGAGGCAGCUGUUGCAAUCAAGGCCAUGGCAAAAUAACUGGCUCCUAGGGUGGCGGUGGUGGCAGCAGUGAUCUUCGAGAAUGCAGAGGCCCCCUCCCCCAGCCUGGCCCAGCUCUGGCCUGGCCCUUGGCUGGACAACUCCUAUACAAUUUAUUUGACGUUUUAUUUUGGUUUCCCCCACCCCCUCAAACUGUCGGGGAGCCCCUGCCCUUCACCCUGCUCCCUUGGCCAGGAGUGAGCAAGCCAUGGCCUUGGUGAAGCUGCCCUCCUCUUCUCCCCUCGCACUACAGCCCUGGUGGGGGAGAGGGGGUGGGUGCUGCUUGUGGUUUAGUUUUUUUUUUUUUUUUUUUUUUUUUUUUUUUAAAUUCAAUCUGGAAUCAGAAAGCUGUGGAUUCUAGCAAAUGGUCCUUGUGCCCUUCCCCUACGCAUCCCUGGUCUGGUCUCUUGUUCCCCGUAGCCCUUGACCCCAAGCACCACCCCCACAGACUGGGGACCAGCCCCCUCCCCUGCCUUUGUCUCUCCCCAGAUCCCUUUAGAUGGGGAGGGAAGAGGAGGAGAGGGGAGGGGACCUGCCCCCUCCUCAGGCAUCUGGGAGGGCCCUGCCCCCAUGGGCUUCACCCUUUCCUGCAGGCUCUCUCCCCGACACAUUUGUUAAAAUCAAACCUGAAUAAAACUACAAGUUUAAUAUGAA